AUGGGCCGUGGUCACGUGGCAUUUCCACUGCCAUUCCCCAACUUGCCUCGUGCACACCAAGUCUCGCUAUCGACUCCAGCUAUGCAGCUCAUCAACAUUGUCGCUGUUACAGUUAUCGCCACCACGCUGUGCUUCGCUCCGGCCAAUGCCUCGGCUAACGUUGACGCCCAGAAGGACCCGCCAACCGCGCGCAAGCUUUACUACCCAACUCCAAGUCCUGCCGCGAAUGGCGCGAUGAAGAACACACCUACCGUUCGCAAACUCUACUACCCGACUCCGAGCCCAGUCGCCAAUGGUGUCCAGAAGGACACGCCUACCGCGCGCAAACUUUAG